AUGGUCGAUUGCAAGCUCGAGGACCCGAGCGUCACGUUCUACUCGGACUCCGGGAUCGUCGUGGGACUCACGCCUCUGCGUUUCGGACCGUCGUCGGGACUUCAGCUGUGCACCGCUGGACUCGUCGCCCCUGCUGGAUCAGCACGCCUCUGGACUGCCUCAGGAUCGCCGUUCGUCGGAGAUUUAGGAACGCCAACAGAUACAUGGAUCGAAAAGGUAACCGCACUCGGUUCGUCGAAAAGAAUUACGCUCCGCUACUCGUGUACGAUGUCGCGUUGUCAAAAGCGCGUGUUCAUUUCGGAAUUUCGUGGUAUAAACGUUUAUUACGCGCCGUGUACUACGCGGGAUCGCUCUUCGGUGCUCGGCUCAAUGUCUCGUUCGCGCGGCUAAGUUCUUUUCCGCGCCCGUCUGUUCUCUCUCAAACUCUCCCGUGGCUGUAGAAGACCUCCGUACCGUGCCAACGCUCCCGAAGAACUCCUCGUCCACCCCGGUGCUGGGCUGCCCCGCCGCUGUGUCGCUUCCCCACUCCCAGCGCCAGUCGAGAACGA